UUAGCAAUGACCGGAACGCCUGAUCAAAAUCUCGUCUUCACGUGUUGCAACAACACAAAGUUAAAAUAUCUAUAACUUGUACUCGCUAUUUCUACAAAAUGGGGAAAGAUAAGAAAGAUCGAAAGCACAAGGGUGGAUUAACUGAGGAUAUACUCGAAAAAAAUGUGACGAAACCUUCCAAGCGAGUGAAACACCGCAGGGAAAGACAAGCCGAUUCUGUUGAAAGUUUUGUAGAGGAAAAACUAUCAAAGAAGAUUUUAGAGCAGGCAAGACAGCAACAGGAUGAAUUGAUGGAAGAAUAUGGCUUCAGGAAAACAGGAGACAGAAAGACUUUGAAAUCUGCCCAAACAACACUUGGGACACCAGACUUGGACAGGAUUGAUGAUGAUGAUGAGGAUGAUUCUGAUGAUGGAGCAUCAAUGACUAGUGAGACCUACUAUGAAAACGUGGAAGUUGAUGAAGAAGAAGAAAAAGCCUUUGAGAUGUUUAUGUCUCAGGAAGCCCCAACAAGAAAAACACUUGCUGAUGUCAUCAUGGAAAAGAUUCAGGACAAGAAAACAGAGAUUGAAAGCCACAUGUCAGAGCAAAGCACUGCUCCCCAAAUGGAUGAAAGGCUUGUCAAAGUCUUCAAAGGAGUUGGAGAGAUCCUAAAGAAGUAUAGAUCUGGAAAGCUUCCCAAGGCAUUCAAGUUUAUUCCCUCUCUUACAAACUGGGAGGAGGUGUUGUUUAUAACUGAGCCUGAUGAAUGGUCAGCGGCUGCCCUGUUUCAAGCAACCAAAAUAUUUGUAUCAAACCUUAAUGCAAAGAUGGCACAAAGGUUUUUUAAUCUUGUUCUGCUACCAAGAAUUCAAGAUGACAUUGCAGAGUACAAAAGGCUUAACUACCAUCUGUACAUGGCUCUCAAAAAGGCGCUAUUCAAGCCAGCUGCAUUUUUCAAGGGAAUCCUUCUUCCUAUGUGUGAGUCUGGUAACUGCUCUCUGCGUGAAGCCAUCAUCAUCAGUAGUGUGUUGGCCAAGACCACUAUCCCUGUGCUUCACUCAAGUGCUGUCAUUUUGAAAAUUGCUGAGAUGAAUUACUCAGGGGCAAAUAGCAUUUUUCUGAGGACAUUGUUUGACAAGAAGUAUGCCUUGCCAUACCGUGUUAUUGAUGCUGCAGUUUAUCAUUUUCUAAGGUUCCUUACUGAUAAGCGUACUCUUCCAGUUCUCUGGCAUCAGUGCUUGUUGACGUUCGUGCAAAGAUAUAAAGAGGAUAUUUCAAGCGAACAGAAGGAGGCUCUGAUGGAGCUUUGCAGAGUCCAUGUCCACGAUAAGAUCACACCUGAAGUUCGCCGUGAACUCGUGCACUCCAAAAGCAGAGACAUGGAAACUGACCAGCCCAUGGAAAGCACGUGAUCCACCGUGAUGUAGCCAUGAAACUCACGAGAUUUGCCAAAACGUGGGCUCUCACGGAAACUGCAAACUGACAUGAAAACUUGCCAUAUCAUGGAGAGCACUUGAUCUAACUAUGUAACGCAUGUGAACUCUUUGUGGAACGCAAGUGAUGUGAUCAUGGAAAGCACUUGAUUCUUUUAAAUCCUGGGAACUUCGUGGUUUGACCCUGAAAGCACAAGAUCCACGAAAGGCUCUUGCUGGCAGCACCGAAAGAUAACACUGUGCUUAACGUAAGCGACAUGUGUAAACCAAACCAAUGUUGAAAUGGAAAUUCGAAUCUCUGUAGAGGUUGAAGAGAGGGCGAGAAGUUAACUUACCUGUUAUGGAUACCCAGGACUAGACCGAAAAAGAAGGUCGAAUUUUAUUGGUCAUGAAAGAGUAAUCGAUAUCACGUUAACAAAUACACUGCGGACUGGUUCGUGGCUUCUACGUUCGGUUGAAUGUUUCGCCUUUGUAUAAAUGAUACAUAGAAAUUAAUUCAGCUUUGAUUUGAUGGAAACUGGAAUCGUAACAUGAGAUCAGUUUUGGUAGACAUAUCAGUGCCGUAACAGACCUCGAAAUAUUGGGGGGGGGGGGGGCACAAUACAGGAACAUUAAGCAAAUAUUUGGGGGCACAGCCACGCCCCUACUGGUCAUUUACUUAUAAUUUUUGAAAAUAUAUGGGGUGCAACAUAUUUUUGCCAAACGGGGUCACUUCCAUGUAAGGAAACUAAUGUGUUCCUUAUUUGGAAAAACUGCAUGAUUCUUGUCAUUUUUAAGGUUGUCGUUCCGCAGGUGCGUCGUAAACUUUAUACUUGUAAUCAGAAGAGAAAAACAGUGACUGUGACCAUCUUUGGUCAAUGGAGAAAGUAUCUGAAAACAAACUAAGAGUCCUCAAACGACAACGUUUUCUUCAUACGUGCCCCCAGUGCCCCACCCCCUGCUACGCCCCUGCAUAUAUAGGGUUAUAUAAUGUGAAUUCUCGCAUAAUUUUACUCAGAAAAAAAAUUGAAAUAAAACUUCUAUCGUCUCAA